GUGUGUCCGAGGUUGUCGCGAUUAUUCACUGCAUUCGUCGAUCCGCGACCACGAAAUCCACGGAAUAAAGAAAGUUUCGCGGGACCGUGUGGCCACUUUUGUGCAAAACGAAGACCUGCCUCUCCUACCCCGUGCCGCGAGGCGAAUGUUGUGUGGUGUAGGUGCAUUUCGCACGCGAGUUCACAAGAAUCCUGCAGUCGAAUCGACAAUCCGCGGAGCCGGUCAAUCGGUCGGAACAUCUGGUUCUGAACGGGCAGAAGGAAGAUUCUGGUGUUUGUUGUGCGGUCGUGACAGAUCCGGACGGUGCGAAAAAAGAGGUAACUCUGUUGGCAGUCAACGCCUGCUGCGUUGAAGUCGGAACUGCCUCGCAGGAGGAGACUGAAAGUGGCAAGUGGAAGUCGUCGACGGAACGGAACAGUUACGUGGUGCGCGACUGUGUGUGGCUGUAUUUAUAAUCAGUAUAUCAGACAGCAGCGCACUUUGUGGUGAAAUUCGUGGUGAAGCCAAUUGCUGCGUAGAGUUCGUCGUAAAUAGACGGAUUGGAUAUUGGCGAUAGUGGCCAGCGCUAGCUUGGUGAAGAACCGUCCGACUGAAUAAUAGAUUAGUCCGAGUGCCCCCCUUAAUCAAUAGGGAGAGUGAUAUCAGUAUAGUUUUGUGCAAUUUGGUGCAAAGGUUUUUGCGUGUGAGGAAGGGCUCGCUCCCCCGGGGGACGCCGCCGCGGUGAGGGCAAUUACCUCUGGUCGCAGGAGGAGGUGGGGGAGGCACGCGGCGCGUUGCGACGUAGUGUGUGAAGCCACCGAGCUCUGAAUGACGUAGUUGUAAGAGCCUCGCAGCAGCAGCAGUGGCAGUGUUGACCAUAAAAGUACUUGGUCGAAGUUGUCGAUGAUGAAACCACCGGAGAACCAAGUCGAUGUGCAAAUACGACACGACAUCCAGCCAAAUUGAGGACACGACCAGCAGCUAUGGCAGUGUUGGCUGUUUACCUUUGAGUGUUACCUGUGAUGGUGGCAGAAACAAAUUUCGUGAAAUCAAAACAGACUGUGGUCAGCGCAAUUAACGUGCGGCACUUUAUUAUGGAAGUCAUUAGAAGCAAGUGAGACUGACCAAGCAAGAACCUGACCCAAGUGGUGCGCAACAGAGUGCGAAGAUCUGACGAAAGCAAAACCAAGAAUCACCUUUUUUUACGCGAGUCUAGCUCUCUUAGCACAAACACACACCUGUGCAGUAAAUAACAAUAAUCACGCAAAAGACUGAAUCAUACCUUCUAGUUAGACACAGAAACUUAGUUUUAUGAUCUCACAGCCGACAUGAUCUCCUACAAAAAGAACUACGUGGAGCAUUUGCUCCACCUGGCCCUGACGCUCAGCCUGCUCCGGGUGGAUCCGGAAAACUUUCUCGAUCUACAAUGGGAAACGCGACUCGCCGGAACCGGCGUCGGUGGUUGGCAGCUCGAACUCCGAGCCGCCCCACUCACCGACCAAACCUACGUCAACCGGAAGGCUCUCCCCUCGAUCAUCGAAGAUCUAGCCCGGUUCGACACGCGCUACAAUCUCCCACCCAGCAUCAGUCCACUCCAAACCUACCUCCUCAACAUCCAAAACUCCAACUCCACCAACCAAACCGCCUCAACGCGGGCCUCAUCCCCGCUCCCCACCCAAGAAACCCCCAACUCCACCACCUCCGUCGUGGUAGACUCCCUCCUUCUUCCCAACUUUGAAUCCUUCGAAGCAGAGGACAUCUUCCUCAACCCGGACCCGUUCGCCGACAGCACCUCUAUCCUCGAGCAAAACAUGGCCGAUCUGGAAGAUUUCGGUGAAGCGCCCAUCAACACGUACGCCCUGGAUGCAAUCCCGCUCAAAAACGAGCCCCCUCCCCUCUUCGACGACCUCAUCCGGUUGCCCACCUUCGACCCGCACGAGCAUCUUUUCAACCAGGAGAACCUCGGCGAUGAACCGGGCAGUUCGCACCACCAGCAGGAGUGCUGCCAAAGUUGCGAUGCCCGCCAGGUCGUCAAGCAGGAGCGCAUGGAGGAGGGUGAGGAGGGGGAGGUGCGCGUCAAGCAGGAACCGGGAACCUGUGAAGAGCAGGAACAGCUGAAUGCGGCGUCGUCGUCGAUGGUUGUGGUGAAGAAGGAAGAGAUUGAUCCGGAGGAGGAGGAGGAGCGGAAAGUUCCGGUUACGGCGGAGUUAACACUGGAGGAAAUGGACCUGAUCGAGGUGCUGUGGAAGCAGGACGUGGACCUGGGCUUUACGUUGACCCCACCGACGGCUGUGGUGUCCGGUGGAACCGGCAGUGCCGUGGCCGGAGCCAAGGGAGGUGCCGACAGUUCGGACGACCUGGAGAAGCUCAAAGUGCUGCUGGAGAUCAAGAACGACGACGAUAAGAAAAAGGAUGAUAAGAAGGAACCCGAGGAAGAUCCAUGGGCCGGACUGUCGUACACGAUUGAUACCGAAACUGGUGAAUAUGUGCUCAACGCGACCGACGACAGCGAGGGCACCCUUCCGCCGCCGCUAGCCGAUCUGUUCCUGGAGGAGGAACUCAACCUACCGGAGCUGAUCAACGGUAACGCGAACGACGCCGACGGAACCAACGCGGCCACAGAGGAAACCGACGAGCCAGCAAAAAAGAAGACCACAGCCGAAGAGGAGGAAGAGGAGUCCGAGGUCAAACGAAUCGAGAGGGAGCUCGAAACAUCGGCUGAUGAACUGUGCCAAGGUGCCGCCGCAGCCGGUUCUAGCGUCGAUUUGAAGAGUGCCACCGAUUCGGUCGCCCAAUCAGCGGAGGAAAAGCCGGAAAAGGCCGCCGCCAACGGGGAUAAAGAUCCCCUCCCGGACGAUCCGGAGGCCGUCGUUGCCGAUGACCUAGAGGACCUGCUGUGCGACAUGAUGAUCCAGACGUCGUCGUCCCACUUUCAGCACCCGCGCCAGCCGAUGCAAAACUAUGGCCACGGGAUGCACCACGGUUCGCUGCGGCAGGGCAGCUACCACCACCAUCACCACUACCACCAGCAUCAUCAGUCCCGUGUCCCGCUGAGCCGUGCCGUUUCCAUGGAACAGCGCUUCCAGGACGUGGCCAACUUGCUGGGCUUUCCACCGGGCAUGGGCUUCAGCAUGGGGGUGGGCGAGAUGGCCGGACCGGCCCAUCCGCACGCGCACUAUCCGCCUCACCACUACUCGUACCAGGCCACCGGAUCGAUUCCGCAGCACGCCGGCCAGUACCACUCGCACGCGGCCGUCCUGCAGAACGCCUCGCUGGCGGAACUGGGUGGCCAGCCGGGCCAGCCGCCGUACUAUGCGGGCGCACCGAACCUCGGCUCGGCCGUGUCCUCCAGCAUGCACCUGACCAACUCGACGUCGGAGACGGACGCGGGCGCGACCGGGUACAAGAUGGAGCACGAGAUGAUGUACUAUUCGAACACCUCAUCCGAGAUGAAUCACACCGACACCAGCUUCCUCAACACGAUCCUGGACGACGAGCUGCAGCUGAUUGAUAUCGCCAACGAGGGAAUGUACACCAUGCGCAUGCUGGACCCGAACGCGACCAGCAGCAACUCGUCGGUUCUGGGCGGCGGUGCCGUCGGUGGGUCUAACUCCGGCCACCUGGGUGGUCUGAUGCCGAGUGCUGCCGCCGCUGCGGCCGCGACCGGUGCCAUGCAACACGGAGGCGGAGCCGUCGGAGGAAUUACGAACGCUGCGACGACCACUUCCGGGGCCACCGGAACCGGCGGCGAUCGGUUGGAUGCGUCCAGCGAUAGUGCCGUGUCGUCGAUGGGUUCGGAGCGGGUGCCGAGUUUGUCGGAUGGCGAGUGGGGUGACGGAAGUGAUUCCGCCCAGGAGUACCACAACAAGUACGGUGGACCUUAUGAUUAUAGCUACAGUGGCAAUAGCAGCCGGAUGGGAGACGGUUCCCGCCAGGCUCCGGUUGCCCAGAAGAAGCACCAAAUGUUUGGGAAGAGGUUUUUGAUGGAACAAAACGCGACGAUUCCGGCGCUGGCGCCAGCUAGUAAUAGCAGUUCAACGUCCGCCGUGGAUCCGCAGCUUGCCGCGAGCAUACCGAUCAAGUACGAGUACGACUACAUGACGCCGGCUUCGCUUAGUCACCUGGAAGGAGCCGUCGGACCAGUCCCGAAGCAGGAAGAUCAAACCAACAGCGCCCACAAUCCGCUGUCCUCGGUCGACAUGAAGUAUCCGUACUCGCUGGACUUUGCCCGCCAGAACCCGGCUCCGGCCGUGGUUCCACGCAACCUGCACCACGAUGUGAUUCAGCACAAUCACACGUACACGCUGCCCCACAACAGCGGGGCCAACCCGAAGCCACAAACGCGGGACAAAAAGAUCCGCCGGUCGGAGGAGGAGCACCUGACGCGGGACGAGAAGCGUGCCCGGGCGCUCAACAUCCCCAUCACGGUGCAGGACAUCAUCAACCUGCCGAUGGACGAGUUCAACGAGCGGCUGUCCAAGUACGACCUGAGCGAAACGCAACUCUCGCUCAUCCGGGACAUUCGGCGGCGCGGCAAGAACAAGGUCGCUGCGCAAAAUUGCCGGAAGCGCAAGCUCGAUCAGAUCGUGUCGCUCGCGGACGAGGUCAAGGAGAUGAAGAACCGCAAGGAGCGGCUGCUGCGCGAGCGCGAAGCCGUCCUGUCCGAGCAGAAGAAGAUCCGCAAGAAGUACAUGGACCUGUACCGUCACAUCUUUGAGCACCUCCGAGACGACGAUGGCAAUCCAAUCUCGAUGGAGCACUACACGCUGCAGCAGCGGGCCGAUGGUCCGGUAAUGUUGCUGCCGCGCAGCGUCGACCGCCAGCAGGAACUGGCCGGAAGUAGCAGUGGCAGCAGCAGCUCCAGCAGCAGCAGCCACCAUCAUCAACAACAAAUGAUGAUGCACCACCACGGUGGCCAUCAUUCCCACCAUCAUCCACACCACCACCUGCAGCAGCACCAACAGCAGCAACAGCACGCACAUCCGCACUCGAACGCCACCACGACGGGCCCGUCUGGAAGUGGUUCCGGUUCGAGCAGUGCCGGUAGUAGCAGCAACAGCACCAUUCACAGCCAGCACCGUCCAAAGGAGUGAGAUCGGCCACAUUUGCAGCAGCAGCAGCAGCUCUACGCGUCGUACCAGUGGCCACCGUUGUUUUACUAAAGUCGGAACGAACGCAGCGCAACGGGACGAAAACGAUCGAACCUCAGGAAUCAGUUGUUGUACUUGCUGCUGCUGCCGCCGCUGAAAGGACGGACCUCUCUGUAAGUACGAGCAGAAACCUCACUCUCACAGACACAGACACAAAAGCAUACUUAACUGCAACCUACUAGAAAAGGCAGAGAUUCAACACCCACACUAGAGAGAACGAGAGAGCGAACUGCGGUGCGCGCGCUUAUCUGUUAACGAAGCUUUAGCUUUAUUCAAGACACUUACACAAAACAGUCACACGUACAGGAGAGUUGGGCUCGCCACACACAAACACACGCUCAUAUUGAGUGCAGGAUUGCAAAGUUGGACAGUUUGCAGAAAGAGAGAAAGAAAAAAACACAUUCCCGAUUUGUUCAAAAUUCACUUUUUGAUCAAAGUGAUGCAGAGUAAAAUUUGAUAAAUUCGUAUCAAAAUUAUUAACUAUUUUAAAAUUUUAAACUAAACUGUUGAGCUGGCAGCCAAAAUGAAAGGAAAGAGCCCCGCAUAAUUUAUUGCUUGCAAUAUCAAAACAACAAACCAACAAACAAAAAAAACUGUGAAUUUGAUAGACUUACUGCUAAAAUUUAUUGGUGUGGUUGGUGAUGAAACAAAACAAAACACAUAUUAUGACGAUGGUGAAGCUGACGACGAUGAUAGGCAUUAAAACCGGUACAAUGGCAAGUGUAAUCCAAGGGACAGUCCGGCCCCGGGGGACGUGUGGCCGCCCUGGUCUCGCGUCCCCCAAACAUUCGGAUGACGACGAUGCGAGGGAGGAGAGGGCAAAGGGUACAAAACAGUACGCAAAAAAACGUGUUUGUGAUGAAUAUUAUUAUUAUUAACUAUUAUUUUAUUUGUAAUGAAAGCUACACACACAAAACCAACACACACACACACACACCCAAACACACACACAACUGUACAUAGUGAUGAUAACAACUAAAAAGCUGGGAAAUUGGAGUCUUUUUUUUCGCUGGCUGCGCAAACGCAGCAGCGACAGCGGCAGGCAGCACUUUGAAUUAGGAAAGUGGUGAUUGAAUUUUAAAAAAAAUAAAACAAGAAAAUCAAAACAAAAAAAAAUGAUCAGCUUCUUCUUGAGUUGAGAGAAGGUGUACUAACCAAACAUAGUUUUUUUCGUUUAUGGAAAAUGAGAGUAACUAUAUUAAAUUAGAGAAGAAAAAACUCGUUUUUGUGCUUGGUUAAACCCCCCACACUUUUUUUUAAUUAGUAGCUACUACCAGUUGCAUUGUUUUUCUUUCUGGAAUUUAUGGAGUAAACGCAAAAAAAAAUCUUGUAGAAUUGUAGGCAUUUUGGGUGAGACAGACACGAUUAAAUUUAUUGGUGACAAAGAGAAAAAAAAACAAAAAAAAAACAAAAACCUUGUAUGUGAAGCGAAUCAAGAAAAAAGGCGCUGUACCCCGUAAGUCAUUAUUAAGAUUGCUACUAUUGUUGUGUAAAUAUAUCUAUAUUAUACAGAGAAAUAAAUUUCUGGAAAUCUGAA